CCUGGAUGUUCAGCUUUUGUUACCACGCACGCUGUGCAUUUCUUGCUCAUUAUUAGAGUCCAGAGGAGGAACGUGCUCCAGCUGUAGGUCCACCAUGGCGGACAUCAAGAACUUUCUGUACGCAUGGUGUGGGAAAAAGAAACUGACGCCCAACUACGACAUUCGAACUGCAGGAAACAAGAACAGGCAGAAGUUCACGUGUGAGGUCCGUGUUGAUGGCUUCAACUACACAGGAAUGGGCAACUCCACCAACAAAAAGGACGCCCAGAGCAACGCUGCCAGGGACUUUGUCAAUUAUCUAGUCCGACUUGGAGAGAUGAACGCAGCUGAGGUCCCAUCAGUUGGGGUGAGUUUUCCAGCUGCGUCAGACCAGCCUGAUGGCGAGGGAACAGGCAGAGACGAAUUUGGAAACCUCCCUUCUGGCGGCCCUCUGCCGCCUCAUCUGGUGGUCAAAGCGGAGAAAGAGGAGGAAAAUGGGCUGGUUCCAGGAGUGACUGGACUGGGUUACUCAGGAAGAGCAAAUGCUUCAUGGGGCGGGAGAGGAGGAGGAGCAGCAGGAGCAGACUGGGACCGAGGGGCCAAUCUGAAGGAGUACUACGCCAGGAGAGAUGAGCAAGAAGCCCAGGCGACUCUGGAGUCGGAGGAGGUUGACCUCAAUGCCAAUCUUCAUGGUAACUGGACCCUCGAGAACGCCAAGGCUCGUCUGAACCAGUUCUUCCAGAAGGAGAAAACGAAUGCUGAGUAUAAAUACAGCCAAGUGGGACCGGACCACAACAGGAGUUUCAUCGCAGAGAUGCAGCUGUUUGUGAAGCAGCUCGGCAGAAAGAUCACGGCUCGCGAGCACGGCUCCAACAAGAAGCUGGCGGCUCAGUCCUGCGCGCUGUCUCUGAUCCGGCAGCUGUACCACCUGGGUGUCAUCGAGGCGUACUCUGGUGUCACCAAGAAGAAAGAAGGAGAAACCCUGGAGGUGUUUGACGUGAACAUUUCCCCAGACCUGCACCAGCAGGUAGCCAAUGUGGUCCAGGAAAUCAACGUCCACAUCCCCCCACCCCCUUUGGACCACAGCACCCCGGUGUCUCUGGUUCAAGGUAAGAUGGCAGUGUUUGAGCCAUCCCAGCGGCAGAGCGUUGCUGGCGUGGUUCCCUGGUCACCGCCUCAGGUCAACUGGAACCCCUGGACCAGCAGCAACAUUGACGAGGGGCCGCUGGCCUACUGCACUCCGGAGCAGAUCAGCGGGGACCUGAAGAACGAGCUGAUGUACCAGCUGGAUCAUGAUGAAAAUCUGCAGAAGAUGCUGUCGGAACGUGACCAGCUGCCUGUCAAACAUUUUGAGGAGGAGAUCAUGGCGGCCAUUGAUCAAAGUCCGGUGGUGAUCAUCAGAGGAGCCACGGGCUGCGGCAAAACCACGCAGGUUCCUCAGUACAUCUUGGACCGCUUCAUCAAGGCCGGCCAGGCGUCUGACUGCAACAUCGUGGUCACCCAGCCCAGGCGGAUCAGCGCUGUGUCCGUGGCUGAGCGAGUCGCCUUUGAGAGGGGAGAGGAUAUUGGAAAGAGCUGUGGCUACAGCGUGCGCUUCGAGUCCAUCCUCCCUCGUCCCCACGCCAGCAUCCUCUUCUGCACCGUCGGUGUGCUGCUCAGGAAGCUGGAAGCCGGUAUCAGAGGCAUCAGUCAUGUUAUUGUUGAUGAGAUCCACGAGAGAGACAUCAAUACGGACUUCCUGAUGGUGGUUCUGAGAGACGUGGUCCAGGCCUACCCAGAGGUCCGUGUCAUCCUGAUGUCAGCUACCAUCGACACCACCAUGUUCAGAGAGUACUACUUCAACUGCCCCAUCAUCGAGGUCUACGGGCGAACCUUCCCCGUUGAAGAAUAUUUCCUGGAAGACUGCAUCCAGAUGACUAACUUUGUCCCUCCACCGAUGGACCGCAAGAGGAAAGACAAAGACGAGGAGGGAGGAGAGGAAGAGACAAACUGUAAUGUGAUCUGUGGCACCGAGUAUACGGCGGAAACGAAGCGCUCCAUGGCUCAGAUCAACGAGAAGGAGACGUCCUUUGAGCUGGUGGAGGCUCUUCUGAAAUACAUCGAGACGCUGCAGGUGGCCGGUGCCGUGCUGGUCUUCCUGCCCGGCUGGAACCUGAUCUACUCCAUGCAGAGGCACCUGGAGUGUAACCCACAUUUUGGAAGUAAUCGGUACAGGAUCCUGCCACUCCACUCCCAGAUUCCCAGAGAGGAGCAGAGAAGAGUUUUUGAACCCGUUCCUGAAAACAUUAUCAAGGUGAUUUUGUCCACAAACAUCGCAGAGACGAGCAUCACCAUCAAUGACGUCGUCUAUGUCAUCGACUCCUGCAAGCAGAAGGUGAAGCUUUUCACCUCCCACAACAACAUGACCAACUACGCCACUGUCUGGGCCUCCAAGACCAACCUGGAGCAGAGGAAAGGGCGAGCGGGUCGGGUGCGACCUGGGUUCUGUUUCCACCUCUGCAGUCGUGCCAGAUUCGACAGGUUGGAGACUCACAUGACUCCAGAGAUCUUCAGGACUCCGCUCCAUGAAGUUGCUCUGAGCAUCAAACUGCUGAGGCUGGGCGGCAUCGGUCACUUUUUGUCCAAGGCCAUCGAGCCGCCACCGCUGGAUGCCGUCAUCGAGGCUGAGCACACGUUGAGAGAGCUGGACGCUCUGGACUCGAACGACGAGCUGACCCCUCUGGGAAGGAUCCUGGCUCGGCUCCCCAUCGAACCUCGCCUGGGAAAGAUGAUGAUCAUGGGCUGCAUUUUCCAUGUUGGAGAUGCAUUGUGCACCAUCUCAGCUGCGUCUUGUUUCCCAGAACCCUUCAUCAGUGAGGGGAAGCGCCUCGGCUUUGUCCACAGGAACUUUGCUGGCAGUCGUUUCUCCGACCACGUGGCUCUGCUCUCCGUCUUCCAGACCUGGGAUGAUGUCAGGGUCAACGGCGAGGAUGCAGAAAAUAACUUCUGUGAGCACAAACGUCUCAACAUGUCCACACUCAGGAUGACCUGGGAGGCCAAAGUCCAGCUGAAGGAGAUUUUGGUCAACUCUGGAUUCCCAGAAGAGACGCUGCUGACGCAGUCGUUCAGUAACGUCGGCCCGGACAACAACCUGGACGUGGUGGUUUCUCUGCUCACCUUCGGCUUGUACCCCAACGUCUGCUACCACAAGGAGAAGAGGAAGAUCCUAACCACCGAGGGGCGCAAUGCGCUCAUCCACAAAUCUUCAGUCAACUGCCCCUUCAGCAACCACGACUUGACGUACCCCUCGCCCUUCUUCGUCUUCAGCGAGAAGAUUCGAACCAGAGCGAUCUCGGCUAAAGGGAUGACUCUGGUCAGCCCCCUGCAGCUGCUGCUGUUCGCCUCUAAGAAGAUCAUGUCCGAUGGAGACGUCGUGGAGCUGGACGAGUGGAUUAAACUGAGGAUUCCCCAUGAGGUUGCCGGUGGCAUCGCUGCGCUGCGAGCCGGUCUGGAGGCUCUGGUGGUGGAAGUGACCAAAGACCCAGAGUACAUCAGGCAGAUGGAUUCUGUCAACGAGCAUCUCCUCAACCUCAUCCGACACAUCUCCAAACCUUCCACAGCUGGAAUCAACCUGAUGGCCAACAACCAGCGGUUUGGAGAUGGUCCUCGCCCUCCAAAGAUGGCUCGCUUUGACGGAGAAGGUGGAGGUAGAGGAGGCUACCGAGGUGGUGGCUACCGGGGUGGAUAUGGGGGAGGAGGGGGCUAUAGGGGUGGUGGUGGUGGUGGAGGAGGAGGAGGAUAUCGAGGAGGUGGCGGCUACGGAGGAGGACGAGGUGGCGGUGGCUACAGAGGCAGUGGUGGCUGUGGAGGAGGCCGAGGGGGCGGCGGCUAUGGAGGGGGUGGUAGCUAUGGAGGAGGACGAGGCGGUGGCGGCUACGGAGGGGGUGGCGGCUAUGGAGGAGGGCGUGGCGGUAGCUAUGGUGGAGGCGGCUAUGGAAGAGGAGAAGGAGGCUACAGAGGAGGUGGAGGAGGUGACAGGUACUGAGGUUGAUGUGAUGGUCCACAUCCCUUUGUCUGAUAAACUGGAUCUUAAAGGUUUCAUCCACUUUGAUUUGCAACGAAACUGAUUAAAGUUGUGUGUUGAAAUGUAGCUGUUAUAAAGUAACUUUGUUUAUGUGGCAAAAUUGCAGAGGGUUAUGUUCCUGUUUAAGUAUUUUGGUGGUUUUGGGGGGGGGUUAGAUUUUGUUGAUGAUGAAGCGCGUGUCCACGAUAUAAAAUUCAUCCUGCAGUAAUUGUAAACAGAUUUGUUGACUUAUACGUCAGAGUAUAUUAGAUGAAGCUGUAAUUUAAAAACGUUGUAUGUCCGCUGCCUCGCGCUGGUGAAGUGGGUAAACGUGUCCUUAGAACCCUCAACACUCUGGACCUGCCAGUGCUGUCUUUCCUCUCCAGCAGAUAUCCUGAAAACUUCCAUGUGAAAUAUUUCCAGAUUUUAAUGCUGAUUUUAUUUUUGGGGGGGGGGGGGGUUGCACUUGCUCACAACACCAAAGUUUUCCAGUGCAAGACCCUCCAUGACUCCAUGUAAAUGUGGCGUUCAUCCGGCGUAAAACAUGUACCACAGUGAACAUGCAGACUGAUUUGAUCUGCUGUGGUGACGCCAAACCAGAAAAAGGGGGUGAAGACACUAGAACACUUUCUUCUCCUUCCACGUGGACGCCUGUUUAAUACCCGAGUCUGUCGCUUUCUUUCUGUUUCUGGUGUUGUUUGUGGCGCUUUCAGGCACAGCUGAAGGUCCAGUGGCCCCUCCCACAUCACCUAUGCGUAAUCUAUGACACCACAGAAGGUGUCUGUGUCUUCUUGCUCCAUUUAAGCCACGUGGGACAAAGUUGGAUGGGCAGGGGGUAUAAUUAAUUUUCUAUACCUGCUUAUUCUGACUCAGGAUGGGGGGUGGAGCCUAUUCCAAGAUCGAUUUUAUGACUUGUAAAAUUAAAGAACAUCAAAGGGGACUAAACAUUUAAAAUUUCAAAGACAGAAACUGUAGAUUUUUUUUUUAUCAGCUGCAGGGCUUAAAAACACAGUCUCAGAAAAUGUUUUAGUCAAAAAGUCAACUUGUUUGUUUGAAAAUCUAUACAGUUGUGAUGACGUUUAAAUAAGUUUCGUCUUUGUCACGGACUGUACCUCAAACCACCAGCAGGGGGCGGAAAAUGUAUAACUCAUACCCAGGUUAAACUUUAAAUGGCAUUUUAUGUGUUAAUGGUAUUUACUAGUUUAUCCAUUUGAUUUGAUGUAUGACGUCAUCCAACCAACGAUGAAUACUUGAUUUAAUUCAUUAUGAUGUGUGAUUGUAUAAAACAGAACUGUGUGAUAAUAAAGAGAAACGCAAAGCA